AUGGGGUUACCCGUCUGCAUGAAAAACUCUUUCGAAGCUGGAGAAUUGCUUGUUGGACUUGGCGAUUCGUUUACAUCUGCUGGUGAUGCAGGUGGUCUAUCAAAAUCAUAUCCGAUUAUUGCUGGUGGUCUGCUAAAUUGGCAAGCACGCAACUUCGCAAAAGGUGGAGCUAAAAUGAGUCAAAUACCUGCUCAGUUAGCUGCUGCUGCAUCUUCGUUAUCUAAUGCAACUCAUGUUGUAUUCACAAUUGGUGGCAAUGAUCUUGGAGUAGCUGACUCCCUUAUACAGAUUAUCUUGAAAAACAAUUUCACGGCUGUUAUUCAAAAAGCUACCAAUCUCAAACCUCGACUCGUCUCUACUUACAAACUCAUUCAAGCUGCCGUUCGUCCUCAAACCAAAAUCUAUGCUGUUCCCUACGUUGAUUUCAUAAGUGUUGGCAACAAAAUUCCGAACGAAGCCGAUUGUCAUCGAAUGAUGGAUGUAUUAACGAGCACUAUCCAAGAUGCUGCUGCAGAAGCUAAAAUUGGUUUUAUCGGUGCUGUCAAAUUGGCAUUUCUCGGUCAUGAAAUGUUUUCAGCUGAUCCAUAUGUCGAUAGCUUCUUAAGUCAGAAAAAUGCAGCCCACCCGAAUGCUAAAGGUUAUGCCAAAAUUGGACAAGUGUGUGAUGACGACGAUUGUUCUCAAAAUAUUGGUUCAACCAUUUCUCAACGUUCAUCAACACAACAAGAAUAUAAUUCUCGUCAUCAUCUGACUGGUACACGUUUUUCUGAUAGUAAGCUCUUGUACUUUGCUGCUGUAACAACUAUUCCAUCACCUGAACAAUUUUCACCUGUUGAUUACAAGGGUCAAAAUUUGUUUGAAGAUUUUGAUAUGAAUUAUACACCAACAAUGUUUUUAUGUAAAUUGGUUCGUCGAUUGUACACAACUGAAGAAAUAGAGGAGAGAGUGGUGCACGAUGAUCGUAUGACAGCUAUUAAGAAAGCUGUUAGAAUAGCUUAUUAUCCAGAUGAACAAGUCAAAUUUAAUCUCUUUUGGGGAACAGAAGCUCAUCUUUCACUUCAAGGUCAACGUCGAGCUCAAAAAUCUCGUACUCGAAAACGAGAACGUGUAAAUGGUAAUCAUUUGGAUAAUCAUCCUAUUGAAAACAACAACAUUUAA